AUGUCGUAUUCUAUCCUUACUUGGAGGUGUUUGAAGGGUUUUCUGCCGGUGGAUGUCAGGCUAUGGAGAAAAGGUUUCUACUUACCUUCUAAAUGUCAUUGCUGUGCUGAGAUUGAAGAUAUUAAACAUGUUUUUCUUUUUGGUAAGAUUGCUCAAAAAGUGUGGACGUAUUAUGCGCUUUUGGUUAAUAAGCCUGUGCCUGAUUGUACUUCCUUCGAUCAGGUGUCUGUUUUGUCGGUGUUAACUGACUGGAUGUCUAAUGUUAGAGGCAAUGUUCUUAAUAUUCUUCAUAUUUGCAUUCUUUGGUUUCUUUGGAAAGCCAGGAAUGAGGCUAAGCAUGAUGGGAUUAAAAAGAAAGAUACUGUUAUUAUUUCUAAUAUCAAUCAUAGAUUAUUGCAGUUUUUUAAUGCUAAGCUUAUUAAUUCUUAUAAUAUGUCCAACUGUCAGGAUUUGUGUGUUAAGCUGGGUAUGAGUAUUCAAUUGGAGGACGUUAUUAGGAGGGAGAGAAUUGUGAGAUGGUUAAAACCCAAGGCUCCGGCCAUCAAGUUAAAUUCUGAUGGGUCUGUUGAUAAUUAUUCUGCUGGGUUUGGGGGUCUUAUCCGGGAUUCUUCUGGUAAAGUCAUUGUGGCUUUUGCUGGCCCUCUUCCUCCGUGUAUGGUCAUUUAUGCUGAGUUAAUGGGGCUGUUAAAAGGGCUGAAUAUUUGUAUUAAGAGAGGGUUCAUUUAUGUUGAGAUUGAGGUGGAUGCUUUAAACGUUAUUCAAAUUAUCAAUUCGACCCAUAUUUCUUAUCCGCAAUUUUUUUAUCUCAUUAGAGAAAUUAAGUCUGCUCUGUCUAAUCUUAAUUUUACUUUGGCUCAUCUGCUUAGAGAGGGUAAUGCCUGUGCUGAUGCUUUAGCUAAACUUGGCAGCACGUUGGAGGAAGAGAGGGAAUUUGAUAUGGAUAAUUUGCCUAGGCUGGUGAAAGGUUUGCGGCUGCAAUUUUUUGUUAACCUGGGUUGUUAUUUUGAGAUCGGGAGGGCUGUUUUUAUUUUGGAGUUCAAGUUUCUGGGCUACAUUUCACUAAAAGCCUAUUUACGUGCAACAUUUAAACUUCUUGAUCAAGUGGGCAUAUUGAACAACUGCAAGGAAGAUGGUGCUGAAUGCUGA